CCCAAUCCAUAAGCCAAUUACUGAAUUACCCAUAUCUCAAAAUCUGUAAAAAAAAAAAAUUAAAAAAAUAGUGCAAAAAAAAUAGUGAUGAACAAUCUAUUGAAACUCCACCAUUAUCACCCUCCCCUCCACUCACCACCACCACCACCACCACCAUCACCAUCACCAUCACCUGUCUCCCUUCCUCACCCUCACUCCUCAUCUUUCAUUCUCAAACCCAUCAAAUUCUCCCGCCAUUACAAUGCCUUUUCAGCUUCAAUUUCUCUCUCCUCCUUCAAACCCAAAGCUUUCAUCUCUGACAUUGUUCCUUCUUUCUGGGGUAAUCAACAACAACAAGAAGAAAAUAGGUUGACUGAUAAUGAUUAUAAUGAUGAUGAUUCAGGGUGUCUCGAAGAUUUGGACCCCGAUAGUCCAGUUUACCAGAAAACGCUAAGAUUGGUGGAGUGCGCCAUGUUUGCUGCUGUUGCUGGAUUGACUUAUUUGCUCAGUAAUUCUCUUGCUAUCGAGAAUUAUUUUGGAUGCUUUUUCGCAUUACCAAUAGUAAUUACUUCCAUGCGUUGGGGUGUUGCUGCUGGCCGGAAAACGAUGGUAGCAACAGCAGUGCUAUUGUUUGUGCUGUCAGGACCUGUUAAAGCAUUAACCUAUGUGUUGAUGCAUGGAUUACUUGGAUUCACCAUGGGCUCUUUGUGGAGGUUACGAGUGAAAUGGAGUAUGUCGAUCUUCUUGUGCACAUUGGUUCGAGCAAUAGGAGCGUUAGGAUAUGUUCUAACAUCCUCGUUCUUGAUAAGGGAAAACAUACUUGCUUUGAUCACCGUCAAUGUACAUGCUACCCUCACCUUGAUAUUCAACUCAUUAGGAUUAAAUACAGUUCCAUCAAUGAAUACGAUAUAUGCUAUAUUUGGUACUCUGCUAUUGUUAAACUGUUGCUUCUUCGUAUUUCUUCUGCACAUCCUAUAUGCCUUGUUCUUGAGUAGGCUUGGGAUGAAAGCAUCACUGGUGUUACCGAGAUGGCUAAUGAAUGCACUAUAGUAUUAUUAUCUAUUUACAGCUGCUGUGUACCUGCUGUCUCAUAAAUUGUUCUCCGUAAGUUGUAGACUUGUAGUGUAUUGAAUCGAAUCUGAAAUGGUAGUUCAUGCACAAAAUUAAGGAUACAAUCAAUAAGACAAGGACUAUUUUUUUGUUGUAUACAUAUGGUUUUUGUAUGUCUCAUGAAAAGAAUCUUAUUAUGGGGAAGAGAAAUAAAACACGCCUUGUGUUAUUAUUUAGUA